UGCGUGUUAUUAUAUAUAGGAGGCCAGCUGGUCUUUGUUAUGAUCAAACUCGAUCAAAGUCUGGAGAUUGGAGCAAAUUAGAAGAUGGGGGGUUCAGAGAUGAUCAAUGUUGAAGUAAUUCACAAGGAAAUAAUUAAACCAUCCUCUCCAACUCCUCACCACCUUAGAUAUUUGUCCCUCUCCGUUUUUGACCAGUUUAAAUAUGAAAUUUAUUUGCCACAUGUUGUCUUCUAUCCCAGCAGCAGUGAGGAGCAUUCUCUGGUUGCUGAAAAAUCCGAGCUUCUAAAGAAAUCAUUAUCUGAGGCCCUCACUCAAUUCUACCCGUUUGCAGGGGAAUUCAAAUAUAAUGAUUCCAUCAAUUGCGAUGAUCGUGGAGCUGUAUUUCUUGAAGCCCAAGUCAACUGUCCCAUGUCCAAGAUCUUGGACGACAAACACGGUUUAGAGAACAUGGGAAAAUUGAUUCCAACUCCUGUUCGUUCCAAACACGCACAAGGGGGGCAUCUUCUACUAGUCCAGGCCAACGUAUUUGAAUGUGGUGGAUUGGCAAUUGCUGCCAGCUUUUUUCAUAAGGUCGUCGAUGCCUUAUCCAUCAGCAAAUUCAUGGAAAGCUGGGCUGAAAUUGCCCGCUGCUCUGCCAGCACUACUGAUCACCAUGUAGUACUUCCUACAGAAUUCUGUGUUGCAGCUACUUUGUUCCCACCUCAAGAAUAUUUUAACUCACCGAAGAAACUCAUGCUACCUUUGACUGAAAAUUAUAUGGUAAGGAGGAGGAGAUUUGUGUUUGAUGCCUCAAAGAUUGCUGCUCUCAAGGUCAAAGCUGCCAGUGCCACAGUGCCAAGUCCUACGCGAGUUGAAGCAGCAUCCGCGCUCAUUUGGAAAUGCGCAAUGGAAGCAUCAAGAUCGAACUUGGGUUUUGUAAGGUCAUCCACGUGGCGUCAUGCUGUGAACAUGAGGAAAAUAUUGGCUCAGCCCUUCGCAGAAAACUUACUGGGAAAUUUUUCGUUCUAUGCUAUAUCAAAGGUUGAAGAAAACGAAGCAAAUGAUCUUCAAAUCUUGGUUGCAAAAUUGAGGAAGAGCGUUGAGGAACUUAAGGUAAAGCAUACUAAUGAAAUUAGAGCGGAGGAUGUAGUUCAAUUCUUCAAAGAGUAUGGCGAGCUCAUUGAAAAGGAUGAUAUGGACAACUAUACUUGCUCCAGUCUUUGUAGGUUUCCUUUCUGCUCAGCCAAUUUUGGAUGGGGAAAGCCAUCAUGCACACGUUUCCCUCGCACUGAAGUUUUCAAAAAUAUGUUCUUAUUGAGCGAUGCAACCGAUGGCAAUGGCAUCGAAGCAUACUUGUCAAUGAAAGAAGAAGAUAUGGUCAUGUUUGAAACCAACCAGGACCUGCUUACAUAUGCUUCUCUGCAAUAGACGGCCAUAGAGGUAACGCAACGACGCCUUAUCCUUCUCUAGGUUUAUUUAAAAAAUAAAAAUAAAUAAACAUCUUCCGAAUGUUAGGAAGAAAAUUGCAACUAGACUAAGAGCUAGUUUUGUAUUUGUUGAGUAUUUAGAAUUCGUUUAGAUGAGAUGUUGUAACCUUUUGUUGGUUUCUUUCGUUGCUUUUGAUUCCAUAAUUUCGACCCCUAUGUGAACAGUGAACAAUAAUUUAUGUGUAAUUAUUGAAUUUUAAUAUAUAUAUUUUUAUUUAAUUAAAACA